UGCUACUACUCUUAUAGCAGAGGUCUAUCCGGUUUUGUACAAUUCAAAUUCUGGUUCUGGUUGGUGGAGAUGAAUUCAUGGGCAUUUUCAGCUGGGAACUGCUCUUCCACAAAACUUACCACACCCACCACAAGACUCCUCGUUAAAGGCCUUGAUAGAUCAGAAGCAUCAACCAUCAAAUUCUCAAGCCAAGACUCUUCUUCUCAAAGGCUGCAGCUAAAGGAGAACCAAACUUUGUUAAAGAGAAGAGAAGCCAUUGGUUUUGGCUUAUGUUUUGGACUCAUUGAUCUUGUCUUGCAACCACAACCUACUUCAGCAGCUGAAGGAGCUCCACCAUGCGAGCUAACUGUAGCCCCUUCAGGCCUUGCUUUUUGUGAUAAAGUAGUGGGGUCUGGCCCUGAGCCUGUCAAAGGACAACUCAUUAAGGCUCAUUAUGUUGGGAAAUUGGAGAAUGGGACGGUCUUCGAUAGCAGUUACAAUCGGGGAAAGCCUCUAACUUUUCGCAUUGGUGCUGGCGAGGUCAUUAAAGGAUGGGAUCAAGGCAUUCUAGGUGGUGACGGAAUUCCUCCCAUGCUUGCUGGAGGAAAACGAUCGUUAAAGAUUCCUCCAGAACUUGCAUAUGGCAUGAGAGGAGCUGGCUGUAGAGGAGGUUCUUGCAUAAUCCCUCCAGAUUCAGUUCUUCUGUUCGACGUAGAGUUCAUCGGCAAAGCAUCAUGAGAACUGAGAAAAAUCUGGGAUGUUUGAAAGACGCGAUUUUUCCAAUCAAAUUAUCAGUGACGAAAGUGAAUGGUCUUUUGUACUUGAAUGUUUUAAACAUAUAAGAGAUGAGUCGACAAUGUAUUUAAAGACUCAAAAGAGCAAGGUGUAUGUAAGAAUCAAUCAUGUUCUAGUUUAGUGCUUCUCAAAAUUGUACAAAGGAGCUAUGAUCAAGCUUAAAAGGUGUAUUGAGAUAAUUUAAAAUGCCGCAGUCUUGAUGUCAUGAUACGAUGCCUACUAUGAGGAAUAGAGAACAUCAUUGUCGAUUUAGAA